UUUGCUAUACUUUGGUAAUAAGAUCAAAAUGAAGUGUGAACAUUGAUAGAAUAUGACUAGUUAAGGAGGUGAAUUCAAAUUCAAAAUUAAUUGAUCCCAAAGGGAAAAAAAAAGGCAGAUUUAGUACCUGUUUGUUCCAACAACCUGCCUCCUGUCAGCUAUCCUUCACUCACUGUCAGAUAAAACUUAUUCUAGGUCAUCUACAUCCUAUCCCUGGUCAAGUCUAGGUCAGAUUAUUCUGAGUUUUCAGGCCUUCUAACUGAACAUGUGAAGGUAAAACUGUUGAGACAGGAGCACAAUUCUACUACUGUGUCGAAUUUAAUGAGAUAUUUGACCGGAACCGAUUUGACAGGUUCACUCAAAAUUGUUAAAGCAGUCAUUCUUUGUUUUAUAGAUUGGACAUUCAUAGGAAAGUAAAGUUUGUCUAUUGAACGCAUUUACGUGUAUUCGGCUCAUGAAUUGGUGAUUUGAGGUCAUUUUAAUAAACCGUUUCUUUCAUAAGGUGUGGAAUAAACACAUAACAGUUUAAGCCUCGGACUGUGAGUUUCAAAUGGUCUGUGUUAAUUCUCUGUUUGGUGACUGAAAUCCAGUCCAAUUCUAUUCUGGGCUUUACUUCGCUGUUGUUUAAACACUUUGACCUCCUCAACAUGGCGCCGGGAAGCAGACACGUCGACAACGGAAGCGGGUCAGCCACCGCGCCUGCGCAGUGGCUGUGCCCGGGUCCCUGUAAAGAUGUCUGAGCAGGCGGGGAGGGAGCGGAGCGGACGACUGAGAAGCAGCGCGGAGAAGCCCCAACUGUCUGCUGUUUCACCACGCAAGGUCCACAUGAUUGUGAUGAACAGCUGAAAUGUCCAAUAACAGCCAGGGAUCUGUGAAGGGGGAGGCGGCCCCCAUGGUGCCACCCUCUGGCUCCGCCUCCUCUCACGGACCGCCCCUUUCUCCAUCCACCACCUCCAAAUCUCCUGAGCUUCCAGAUGAGUUGGUCCAGGCUGGAUGGUCCAAGUGUUGGUCCAGGAGGGAGAACCGGCCCUACUACUUCAACAGAUUCACCAAUCAGAGCCUGUGGGAGGUACCUGUGCUGGGUCAGCAUGAUGUCAUUUCUGACCCAUUGGGUCUGAACGCAGCUCCUGCAGAGGGGGGAGAUGGUAACCUUGGAAACGGCCAGAGGAAGAGGAGGAGCUCUGAGGAGCAGGGGGCGGGGCCUAACAGUUUCAAACGGACAAAGGUGGAGCCGACCACGCCCAUCUCUCCCAGCACACCUGGAGUCAAACCGUGGAGCUCCGCCCCCGAGGAGAAGCAGGUUCCAGUGACGACGCCCACCACGCCCAGCCCGGCGCCGGCCCCCUACCGACCGGCCGUGAUCUACUGGGAUCUGGACGUCCAGACCAACGCUGUGAUCAGAGAGCGCUCGGCAGCCAAUCACCUGCCGCUGCACCCCGAGAUUGAGCUGCAGCGGGCGCAGCUGGUCACCAAGCUGCGGCAGCACUACCACGAGCUGUGCCACCAGCGAGAAGGCAUCGACCCGCCGCGGGAAUCCUUCAACCGAUGGCUGCUGGAGAGGAAGGUGAUCGAUAAAGGCCUGGACCCGCUGCUGCCCAGCGAGUGUGAGCCCGCCGUCUCGCCGUCCAUGUUCCGGGAGGUCAUGAACGACAUUCCCAUCAGGUUGUCCCGCAUCAAGUACAAGGAGGAGGCCCGGAAGCUCCUGUUUAAGUACGCCGAGGCAGCAAAGAGGAUGAUCGACUCCAGGAAUGCGAGUCCAGAGAGCAGGAAGGUGGUGAAGUGGAACGCCGAGGACACGAUGAACUGGCUGCGCAGAGAUCACUCCGCCAGCAAGGAGGACUACAUGGACCGCCUGGAACACCUGAGGCAGCAGUGCGGGCCGCACGUCACGGCCGUCGCCAAAGACUCUGUGGAAGGAAUCUGCUCCAAGAUCUACCAGCUGUCAGCCGAAUACAGCCGCCGCCUGAGGCAGACGCACCUGAGCCUGCUGCAGGACCCCUCCACAGAGACGUGCGCGUCGCCGCCCCAGUCGCGGCUCGUGUACUGCUACCCGGUCCGGCUGUCCAUCCCGACCCCCGCCCUGCCCCGCGUGGAGCUGCACUUCGAGAACGACGUGGCCUGCCUUCGCUUCAGAGGAGAGAUGGUCAAGGUCAACCGCGGACACUUCAGCAAGCUGGAGCUGCUGUACAGGUACAGCUGUAUCGAUGACCCUCGCUUUGAGAAGUUCCUGGCCCGAGUUUGGUGCCUCCUGAAGCGAUACCAGGUGAUGUUUGGCAGCGGUGCUAACGAGGGCAGCGGCCUGCAGGGGGCGCUGCCGGUGGCGGUGUUUGAGGCGUUAAACCGGCAGUUUGGCGUCACCUUCGAGUGUUUCGCCUCGCCGCUCAACUGCUACUUCAAGCAGUUCUGCUCCGCCUUCCCCGACAUCGACGGCUUCUUCGGGUCCAGAGGGCCGUUCCUGUCCUUCAGCCCGGUCAGCGGCUCGUUCGAAGCCAACCCGCCGUUCUGCGAGGAGCUGAUGGACGCCAUGGUGACGCACUUCGAGGAGCUGUUGGAUCGGUCUUCUGAGCCGCUGUCCUUCAUCGUCUUCGUUCCUGAGUGGCGCGACCCAGUGACGCCGGCGCUGACCCGAAUGGAGGCCAGCCGGUUCCUGCGGCACCAACUGAACGUCCCGGCCUACGAACACGAGUAUCGCUCCGGGAGCCAGCACGUCUGCAAGCGGGACGACAUGUACUACCGGGCCGUCCACGGCACCGCUGUGCUCUUCCUCCAGAACGAUGCUGGCUUCGGGAAGUGGGCUCCGACUCCGGAACGUCUGGCGGAGCUGACGGCAGCGUACCGCCCCUCUCUGUCCCGCACUUCCUCCCUGUCGUCCCCUGGCCCCGCCCAGUCUGCCCCUGGAGACAGAGACUCCGCCCCUAAGGCCUCUGAUAGGACACAGAGCGCGUCGAUAUCACCUGGCAGCCAUGACAGCAACAACAACGGCAGCAGCAGCAGUAGCAGCCCUCAGGACAAGCUCACUGCGAUGUAGAGGGGCGUGGCCACUGCAGGCCACGCCCCUAAUGUAAAUGUGUGUUUACGAACAUCACCAGUCCCUCACCAGCACCUGUAGCACAUCCUCACCUCUUAUCAGUAAUCUACCACCGCCAUCAGGGGGCGGAGCCUCAUUUAAACUUCACUACGUCUCGUUAGUCUGUUGGCUGCUCUGAUUGGUUGAAGCUCACCUGAAGCUGAAUGACGUCGGCGUCUGAACUGCUUCAGAGUUCCAGCAGUAAAAUCCACCUGAGGGGCGUCCCCUGAUUUGUUGUUAUGGCAGCUAUCAUGUCUGAGACCCAGGCCCUAUAGCAGGGGGCGGGGCCUCGGCAGCAGAGGGGGCGGGGCAUCAGGUAAUCCUGGUACUGUGACGAGUAGUCAUGGAAACGAUCUUUCAGUCCCAAUCCAGUUCUGUAAUUCACACGAGAUUAAAAAAUACAAGCUGUUAAGGUGAGCUUUAGUCUGACCCAGUUUAAUUCACACCAGAUUAAUUUGGAUUAAACCAGAUUAAUCUGGUGUGGAUUAAACCAAAUUAAUCCAGUUUAAUCUGGUGACCUCUCUCAUCUAGUUUGGUUCAGUUUUUUAAAUUUAAUCUGUUUUGAUUUCUUUGAUUCAUUACAUUCUUGUUAGGUCUGGUCUGAUCUAGUUUGAUUUGUUUGGGCCUAAUCUAAUCUGGUUCAUGUGGUACAUCCAGUAUGUACAGGAUUAGGCCAGAUAAAUCUGGUAUGAAGGGAUUAGGGUUCUGUUGGGACGGGAUAUAACCAGAUUAAUGUGGUUUAAUCCAGUUUAAUCAAGUGAACUUUGUUGUGGUUCAAUUCAUCUUUUUAUUUUUGUCUGCUUUGAUUUCUUUGAUCCAUUACAAUCUGGUUAGAUCCAGUCUGAUCUAGUUUGAUUUGGUUGGACCUAAUCUAAUCUGGUUCAUGUUUGUUAGAUCCAGUGUAUUCUGAUUUAAUCUAGAUGGAUCCAGUCUGAACAGGUCUGGGUUAGUCUGGAUUAAUCUGGAUAGAACCAGUUUUAUCUGGUUUUAACCGGUUUUGUCUGGGUGUGUCCAUCUUUAAUAGGAAAACAGUUGACUCCUCCCACUGAGUGCUCUCUGAUUGGCUGGUGGUGGACCUAUCAGGCGCCUGUCUGUGUGUAGAUAGUGUACAGCCGGACUGAUCUGAGGUCUGUUGGUGUUUUGCUGUUGAUCAGUUUUUUAUUUGGUCUAAUUUAACCUUUUUAAAGAGAUGAAAUGUGUUUGUGUGUUUUAACCGAACCAAAGUGUUUAUGAUGUACAGUAGAGCCGCGUAUGACAGCUGGGCUCCUCCUGCUCUGCAUGAACCCGCUGGAGGAAGUUCAGACCUGGACUCGGUGGUCUCCUCCGGGGUCCUUCCAGCUUCAGUGUAAAUUCAUUCUGUCCUUCGUACUGCCUGCAGAAAACCUGCAGCUUCUCUCCUAGUAAAAAUAUAUCAAGCCCA